AAUUUAAAUUACAUAAAAAUCUGUCUAAAAGUGCUAAAAAUUAUUAUUUUUAUUCUUUUUUAAUUAUUAAUAAUUAAAUUUAAUUCUAUUGUUAAUUCUAAAAUAUUUAUAUUUACAAAUUUUGAGAUAAUUUUAAUUUUGGCAUUAGGUUGAUUAAUAAACUUUUACUAUGCUUUUGAAUGUUUGCGAUCCAAUUUUCAAUUCUAAAAUUCAAUUGGAUGGCAGCUGUAUAUCACAUGAAGAUUAUUCUGUGGAAAAUCUUAUUUCUUCAGAUAUUCAAUUACAAAAAAAAGGAUUCCUUUGUGAAACUUUCAUAAGGCCUCCAGUUAGCUUAACCAUUACAUUUCCUUAUACUUUUGAUAUUAAAUCCGUAAUAAUUAACACAAGAGUUGGGGGACAAAAAUCUACUGGAAUUCAAUUAAUGUCUAAUCGUAAAGACAGUUUACUAAGUAUUUGUUCAAAAAUUACUGAUAAAGAUCUUUUAGUAUUUCAUGAUAUCAAAACUGAUCUUAGUUCUUAUGGAAAUAAUUGUGAUUUUUGCUGCUUUAAUAUAUCAGCUAGUAGACUCCUCAGAUCUACCAAAAAGUUAACUUUACGUAUUUUUAAAACAGCCAAUUCUAUUCCAGCUAUUGGUAAACUUGAAAUUUGGGGUAUUUUUUCAACUUCUGUGCCAACAAAUAUUAAACAAGAAUUAAUAAAAAAAUGGGAAACUUGUAAAAUUAUCCAAACUCCUAACAAAUUAUUAACUCAAAGUAAUCUUGUACUCUCAUGUAGAUCAGAAAAAAAUGUUGAACAUUUUUCAAUACCUGAAGAUUUUCUGGACUCAAUUACUUAUGAAGUAAUGAUGUAUCCAAUGGUGUUGCCUUCAGGAAAGUAUGUUGACCAAUCUACAAUAGAUAAGUGCAUACAAAAUGAUAUAAUGUUUGGACGGAAACCUAGUGACCCAUUUACUGGAAUACCAUUUUCAGACAUACUUAAGCCUAAACCUGUACCAGAACUAAAAGGACGAAUGGAUGCUUUUAUACUAAAACACUCGGACGAGGAAAUUAUUAAAAGUCUUCCACGAAUUUUGGGUAAACAUAGUAUUAAUUUUUAUACUGAGAGGUGUACAAAAUUUCCUAAAGUUCAAUGUAGUAAAUGUCAUAAUGAAGAAUAUCUGUAUCAUUUAUUAUGUCAGCAUAUUUUAUGUAAAAAUUGUUUACAAGAAAAAAUUGAAUGCAAUGUGUGUUGCAAAAUAUUUGAUAAAAGUCAAAUAAAAAAGUACAAUUUUCAGCCAUAGAUAUAUAAUGAUAAUUCAUGGUAUUUAAUAAUUAAAAAUGAAUGCUUUACAAAUGAAUUAUAUUAACUUAGUGGAAUGUUCUCUGAAAAAAUUGUUUGAAUAUUUUAUCAUGUAAGAGGGUGACAUGAUUUCAACUUCACUAAUUAUAUGACAGUUCAAGGAUUCAUUAAGAAAAUACUAAGAUUAUGACUUUAUCAUAUAGUUUUUCAACAGAAAUAUUUUAAAAAGUAGAUAAAACAUUUGUAAAAUACACAUUUUUCACGGGGGUAAUAAAUUAACGACCCGUUAAAAUAUAUGAGAAAUUUUAUUAAUAUAAAUAAAAAUUUAAUUUAUUGCUCUACCUUAAAGAUUAUGUAUUUUAUAAUUAUAAAAGUAAAAAAUAUUUUUUUAUCAUGUAUGUGUUGAUUACUUUAGAUAAACUAUUUAACAAUAAUAAAAGUACAUACACUUUUGAGUGAAUUUAUGUCAUGAAAAAUGUUUUGUUGUAUACAAUUUUUUUAUUUAAUAUCAAUUUUAGAAUCUUAUUUAAGGAAUUGACAAUUUAUUUUACUUUUUAGAUUAUAUGUUAAGCGAAAGCUAUACGUUUUACUA